CACAUCAACAACUACGAAGUACAACGUCUUUUACUCCCACGCGAGCACCUCUACCGCCAUAAUCCGGUGCCUUCUUCUUGUCACAGCACCGCUGGCCAGCUCAGACGAUGCCUCUCGUGGCGCGGUAGCAAGCCUUUGCAGCAUAUCCCGUCUGGCCGACGUCUUUGCACUCAAGCGACUCACUUAUCCCACGGUGUGAUCCGGCAGGCGCAACGAUGCGCCACGGCCAGUUCACCAGCGUUCUGAGAGGCAGUCUACCAUCUUGCCAGAGGCCCCAGCGGCACACUAUCCAGCCGUCAUGGAAGCUCGCGCUGCAGCCCUCCCUCACACCACAUCCCGGCGUCCGCUGUAAUAAUGGCUUCCGUCGACCUCACUCCACGACGACACCACGGCCCGGCCCACACUCUACUACUCCCAAGCAAGCGAGGGCCUUUCCUCCGCUCUUGAUCCUUGGCCUCCUCCUCGGCGGCACCGUCUACUAUCUCGCCGCGCCCCCCUCCAAGCCCAAGACGCUCAACAACGAAACCUUCGUCCCCUACACCAUCACCGCCCGCGAGGCCAUCUCACCCACCUCCGUCGUCCUCACCGUCGCGCCGCACGCUCGGGACCCCUCCCCGCCGCACCUGCAGCCCGGAACGUCCCGCUGGAAGCACCCGCUCUGGUCCGUCGAGUUCAAGCAACCCGAGGUGCAAAUCGCGCGGCACUACACCCCGCUGCCACCGCCGCUGCGGACCGCUGCCGUCGAUGAGGAGGGGGAGGCCCGCAAUGAGGACGACACGCUGCGGUUCUACGUGCGCGCCGUCAGCGGCGGCGAAAUGUCAAACUACCUGAGCCGUCUAGGCGUCGGGCGCGACGUCUGGCUGCGGGGCCCGCACGCUGGGUUCGACGUGCUGCCCAGGCUGGGCCGCUGCGGGCGCGUCGUCUUCCUCGCCGGUGGGACGGGCCUCGUGCCGGGCAUGCAGGUCGCGCGCGCGGUGCUCGACCACAGCGAGGACGCGACCGUGAGCCUGCUCUGGGCCGUGAGGAAGCGGGAGGAGGUGCAGCAGCAGGUGGCCCUGCCGCCCGCAACGACGACGACGACGGCUCCGUGGUGGCGGCGGUGGCUCUGGACAUCCCCCAAGGAGCCGACGGAGCUGCGGGCCGACAUGGAAUCGCCGAGCCACAUCGCGGCGCACCUCAAGGAGAUGAAGGCCAAGUACGGCGACCGGCUGGACGUGCGCGUGGCCGUCGACGAGGAGGGCAGCAAGUUCCGCGACGGCGACAUCCGCAGGGCACUACUGCUCACGGGUUCUGGCUCUCCGGUCAUGCAGCACAGCUCAAGGGGGGCCGGUUGCCGGCUCCACGAUCAGCGGCUGCACGAGCGCGCAUCUGAGUUCGAGACACACGGUGGAACGGCGGCAUGUCAGUGCGCUGACUCGGGCGACGACGCCGCUGCCGCCCAGGAGGCGGUAGGCAAGAAUCUCUUCAUGGUGUCCGGCCCAGACGGCUUCGUCGCGCACUACGCGGGGCCCAAGGUCUGGCUGGGGGGCACGCUCACGCAGGGGCCCGUGGGAGGCGUCGCGGCGGAGCUGCAGAGACGGGAUGGGAGGCUGGCGCGGGACUGGCUUGUAUUAAAGCUGUGAUGAUGAAUGCACGUGUGCGCGUGUGAGAGUCGUCUACGGACGGAAGAGUGUAGUAUACCACGGAUGGCGUUGAUCACAUAAGACGAUCUGGACACCCUUCGGGAUGC